AACACAAUGUGGAUCUAUCUGUUACUGUUGGUGCUGUUGGCCGCAAUCUAUUGGGUCCGGCAGCGACUAGCCUACUGGAAGCGGCGUGGUGUGGCUUACGUCGAACCGAGCUUCCCACAAGGCAAUCUCCAAGGUGUCGGUAAGCAGCAUCACAUCGCACAGGUACUGCAGCGAUGCUACCGCCAGCUGAAAGCCACCACCGGUGGUCCGUACGGAGGCAUGUACUUCUUCAUCAACCCGGUGGCACUGCUGCUCGAUCUCGAUCUCAUCAAAGCGGUGCUGGUGAAGGACUUUCAGUACUUUCACGAUCGCAACCUCUACCACAACGAUCGCGAUGAUCCCCUAUCACGCCAUCUGGUAGCGAUGGAGGGCACGAAGUGGAAGAACUUGCGCGCCAAACUAACGCCAACCUUCACCUCCGGCAAAAUGAAGCUAAUGUUCUCCACGGUAACGGCCGUGGCGGACGAGUUCACCAAGUGCUUGGGCCACGAGCUGGAACGAAGCACCGAGCUGGAGAUGAAGGAUCUGUUGGCACGCUUCACGACCGACGUCAUCGGUACCGUCGCGUUCGGGCUCGACUGUAACAGUUUAGCCGAUCCGCAGGCCAAAUUCCGGAUGAUGGGUCGCAAGAUCUUCGAACCAUCGCCAUCGCGGGUGAUGAAGAACUUUCUUGCCAGCCAGUUCCCCGGCCUGGCACGGAUGCUACGAGUGGUGCUGACACCGACCGAUAUUACCGAUUUCUUCAUGACCGUUGUGAAGGAUACGGUGCAGUUCCGGGAGAAGAACAAUGUGCAGCGAAACGACUUCAUGACGUUGCUGAUGAAGGUGAUGAAGGACCAGGAGCAAAGUGGAGCCGCCGGAACCGUCGGCGAGCGCUUGACGAUGGACGAUAUGGCCGCCCAGGCGUUCGUGUUCUUUUUGGCCGGAUUCGAAACGUCCUCAACGACGAUGUCGUUCUGUCUUUACGAGUUGGCGCUAAAUCAGGCCAUACAGGACCGGGCACGGCAGGAGGUGCGUGAUGUUUUGCAGAAACACGAUUCCAUCAGCUACGAAGCGGUACACGAGAUGAAGUACAUCGAGAUGUGCAUCAAUGAAUCUCUACGAAAGUAUCCACCGGCCACCACUUUGACGAGGAAGGUCACCAAAGACUAUCGCAUUGGCAACGGCAAUCAAGUGCUACCGAAAGGCCUCAUGGUGGCUGUACCCGUGUACGCUCUUCAUCACGAUCCGGACUACUUCCCCGAACCGGAUCGGUUUGAUCCGGAAAGGUUUUCCGCGCAACAAACGGAAAAGCGUCAUCCGUUUGCGUUUUUGCCGUUCGGCGAAGGUCCGCGUGUCUGCAUUGGGCUUCGCUUUGGGAUGAUGCAAGCACGGAUCGGGUUGGUGUAUCUGCUGAAGCAUUUCCGGUUCACGCUCGCUUCUAAGAUGAGUGUUCCCCUGAAGGUUACGCCCUCUAGUCCGAUCCUCUCGAUCGACGGUGGAUUGUGGUUAAAUGUUGAAAAGCUCUAA